GGCCCCACUUACCUCUCCAGCAUAAAUAUACCCUUCCCCUACUUUCAACAUUACGCUUCUCCUCUUUCAUCAGAACAACAGAAACAAUCUGAUACUAAGAAAGAUGAUGAGAAACAACGAUAGAGCCAUCAUAAGAUCAAGAACAUUCCACGACCAAGCUCCCCCACCUUCCGCAUCGACUACAGCUUAUCCCCCCUCAGUCCCAAAGAGUCAGCCUACGCCGGUCCCAAACCUGGUUGAGUUCCCAACGUCCCCCCAGAGGAAGGUCGGUGAGGACAUGCUCCAUUUUGGUCACCCGCAGCACCCUUUGGCCCACAUAUACCAGCCCGACCUAUUCACAUGCUCUGGGUGCAAGGAGCACGGGGCUGGCAAGAGGUUUUCCUGCCAGCACUGCGAUUACCAGCUGCACGAAUUCUGCGCCGUAGCCCCUCAGGCACUUGAGGGCCACCCCCUCCACGUCCAGCACCAGCUCCUCUUCUACUCUAAACCAGUGAAGGGAGGGAUGACAAAAUCGAAGUGCGAGGCAUGUGGGAAGUCCAUAAAGGGCUAUGCCUUCAGGUGCGUCCCAUGCAACUUCCAGCUCCAUCCUUGCUGUGCAAUGCUCCCCCAAGAGAUCAUCUUCUCCGCCCACCCCCACACCCUCAGGCUCUUGCCCGCCCCCGCAUCAUCAUCAUCCACCACCACCGGGGCAGACCCCAGCUCUCUCUGCGGGGAGUGCAGGAGGCGGCGCCCUGGCAGGUUGUAUCGCUGCACAGCCUGCGGCUGCGACUACUGUCUCCAUGCAGUCUGCGCAAAGGUGAUAUUCAACGGUCUCUAUGAUACCGGGAUAAAGGACCCGGAGAAGAAGCAGCCCAGCGUGCUUGCAGCUGCCGCCAGUCUGGCCUCCAAGGUGGUUGCAGGGCUCUUUACGGGAAUCGCGGAGGGAGUGGGAGAAGGCGUUGGGGAUCUGAUAGUCCAGAAUAUCAUCACUGGGAGCACACUGGUGGUUCCUAAAAAGAUCGAAUACAGCUGAAAGGUACCGGCUAUGAAGUAAUAAGUACCGAACGGAAGCUAAGAUCAUCCUGAUCCAUGUAACGCUUCUGAUACAAGACAUUUCCGUGUCUUCAUACCCGAAAAUCAUAUUGCUUUCAAGUAUAUGUUGGUAUUAUAUCGAGGAUGCUGUAUCUUCUUAUAGCCGUACUUAUAGUUAUAGGGCUUGUAUGUGAUUGUGUAAUUUUUCAUUAUAUUUAAUCAUUUGUUCCUAUCAGUUAAGUUGGGCAUACAAGAAUGCUAUCAGUUUAUGAACCA